UGCGUUGUGAUUAUUUAGGCCAAAGAUCAAUUCCUGUUACAUAAGUAUACCAACGGGAACCUGUUAACCACAGACGGUUCACUACUUCCUGUACGUACAGCCAUUCAAAGGGAAAUUCUACAAAACUCGGAUAUAACAUAAAAACUUCAAUCUCUGCCAUCUGCAAACCAUAAACUGCUAGUGUUAUCCAAUCCAACAAGGACUGCUACAAGUUAAGUUCUCUACCCAACAGUUCUCUACCCAAGUUUAAAGACUGGAACAAACUACUGUACAUAUUAUUACUACCAUCCAAGAUUUACAAAGACUUCAAAUUAGCUGCUCUAGAGCACAUCACCUAGCUGUACGAAGCUUCUUCAUGGGCACCAAGCCCUGUGUGCCUGGCUCCACUAGAAGUGUUUCGUAGCUAGUAUCCAUCCAGAAUCCGGAUCCAGAUCCAGUUUAUAUGUGACUGUGUUUACCAGGUUGUUUAAUUGAACCUGAUACAUAUGCAAAAUGAGUGACGCGGUUGAAUUGGAAAACAGUGAUAAAUCGGAGAAUGGUACUAGUAAUACACUGUAUGGGUCAACAUCUUUAGGACAAAGUCAACAGACCACCCAGAAAAAGGAGAAAAUGUGUUUUCCGUCAAUUUUUGCUGGUCUCGGCUGGUUACCGAUCUCAGUUGGAGUCUUUCUGGGACUCUCUAUGAUAGUUCCGUAUUGUAUUGCUGUUGGACUAGGACACGUGAGCCCGGGGUUUCCCUAUAUAAGUGACACUGGAACAGAACCACCUGAAAGUUGUAUCUUUGGUCAACUCCUGAAUCUAGCUGCACUGUUUGCCUUUGCCACAAUCUUUGUCCGCUACAAGCAAAUAAAUGAAUAUUACCAAGCAGUCUCAGGGAAUGUCUUAAAAUGGAAUAAAGCUGCGGUCGUCGUUGGUUCCCUGGCCGCCCUCGGGAUGAGCCUCGUUGCAAACUUCCAGGAAACCAACAUGAUAAUCGUUCAUCUGAUCGGAGCGACCAUGUGCUUUGCUCUCGGGUUCGUCUACGGCUUCAUUCAGAGUUUGAUAUCUUACAAAGUCACACCCCAGCAUUGCUCUAUUCACAUUUGUCGACUGCGACUGGCGCUGUCUAUCAUCGCUACAAUACUAUUUGUGUCGACAAUGGUGUUUGCCGGAGUGGCUAAUUCCCAAUGGGAUGGGACAGACCCAAGGAAAUGGCUUCCAGAAGAUGGGGGCUUUGCGCUCCAUGUUGUCAGCACAGCGUCAGAGUGGGGGAUGGCGAUUGCCUUCCUCGUCUUCUUUUUCACGUUUAUCGGAGAGUUCCAGAAGAUCGAGAUAGCGGCUGAGGUUAAACGGUGUAAUAGGCUGUUGGUCGCUGACCCCUUAGCGUAGGCCUUUUUUCGCAACCACACGAUGACUUGUGCUCGGAUUUUGGCUCUGUCAAUAAUUUUGAAUAUGUACUUAAUGGGAGCUUAAUCCAUAACCCAAGCUUAAGCCAAAGCGUAAGCCAUAUACUAGGCCAUAGCCUAAGCAAAAACCUAAGCCAUGGCUUGCAAAUAGCCUUAAGAGCAAGUUCGAGUGCCCCCAUUUAGUCCCGUGAUUGUGCCAUCAAAAUCCAUGUGCAGAGUGACGAACGACGAAGUCUAAUCAACCAUUGGUACAGUAUUCGAUGUCUUCCGUAUUUUCGCUAUAGUGUCACUGGUUCCCUUCUACGCUUUACACAUGUUAGUAUGGAACAGGCUAUUUGGGGCCAGGGAUAAAAACCAUGGGUAAGAGACUGCAUGCUUCCAAAUGGUCAACCACAUUAGUCAACCAAUGGUCGACCAGCCUGAGUUUGAGUCAAAGUAGUCAACCUUUAGUUAACCACAGUGCCCACUCAAACUUGCUCAAAAUUGUAGAGAAUUGCCACUUCAACCUUGUGCCUGAUGAGAGUUUUCUACUGAGAGAUUUGAUUGUGGUGUUGGCCAAUCUGGGCCCAAUUUCAUGGCUCUGCUUACCGCCGAAUUCUGCGCUUACAAUCGCGAUUCCCCGCUUACGUGC